AACCAUAAAAGCAAAUAUGGACUUGGUGCGCCCGGAAAAUGAGGAGAAUCGAGCAUUGCCCUUUUGGAAGCAGAUCCUUCUCUCGAUCCAGUGGCACCUGCGGCCCAUCUCCGUGCUCAUUUUCCUCAUCAAGAUCUGCCUUUCGGUGCAGGUGGGCGUCUUCCUGGCCAUGCUCUUCGACGAGUACCAGGAGCGCACCGUGGGAUGCCCCCUGCCGGACUCCACCUGGCAGGGCUGGCUGAAGAGGAUCCUACUGGAGCUGCGCGACCACUUGAUGGACUACUGCGACCGCAAGAAGCGAUCGAUAUUCACUCCCAAACACAUUCCCCACAACGAUCCCUGGGGUCUGUACGCUUGGCCCUUCCCAUAAUUUAGUUCAAGAACCCAAAACCCGAUUAACACAUUGUUUGUAUUUCACCAAAGCAUCCUCUUUUGUUUCAACUCAUUACUUAUAAUUUGGAAUACUCGGAAUCCCAAGGGAUAUAUUUUUUAUUUUCAUUGAAUAAGAAUGGCAAAAUUUAAAGGAUCGACUUUGACACAACAACAAGGAUGCUAAAUAACAGAAGCUGACUACCACACAUCUGCCAAUGGAAAAUGAUUAAACUUUGAUAUGUUGGAACACACAGGGAACUCACCUGACUCUGUGACACGUUGUUGCUCUGCCGGAGUGAUCCGUACCGCUUGAUCACCCCGGAUCCGGACAUGGAGCGGUUCAGAUCGUUCCUGGAACUCACGUAGUCG